AUGGAUAAGGAGAGUCAGGUCAGAAAGCUUGUCGAUUCAGUUUCGCCGCGUACAGCCCAUCAGUAUAAGUCGUAUGGAGACAAGUACAUACGAUGGCUUCGAGACACGGGAAUUCUGCAGAAUGAAGAUGCGGGUGAAGUGUUGUAUCGGGAUCUACCAUUGUCCGCACAGUUAGUGCAUUGGUUUCUUAUAGAUACGUUAGUGAGGAAUGGCGGGAAUGAAACUGAGGAUGAGUUUAAGAUACCUACUUUGAAGAAAGUCAUCAGUGGUUUGAAAUUCUUACACAAGUUAUGUCUGAUUCAUGGAAAUAAGUUGGUAUUUGAUGAAAAAUAUUUGGAGAAUGUUAUCAAGUUACAUUCCAAUUGGGCUACUGUGAGAAGCCAGAAACAAACUACUUUGCCCAUUGUCAAAGUAUCGCUGAAUCUAUGGAAUUCGCAUACUGAGAGCUUGUCAGAGAAGUUCUUCAAGACCUCUCUUGAAAAAUUGAGAUUUCUUGUGGAUUUUCAUUUCAGAGUCUAUACAAACCUAUCCUAUGAGCAAAGGUCCAAGAUCAAGUUAUCCGAGCUUCAUGGUGAGGUUGGUGUGCUGGCAAUGGACCAGAAAGUUUGGUCGUCCUUACAAGUUUAUAUGCCAAACUCAACGCGACAGGUGAAAUCACAUAUGCCAUUGAGUAUCAGGUCUCAAGAAUUACCCUUUCUCUGUCCUCUCACUUCCCUGGCGUCUUAUCUGUAUUUGCGGUUUUAUGGUAUCAGCUCAGUGACAAAGGGCGAUGGAUUCCCCGAUUUGCUAGCGAGUGAUCAAGAUGAUCUUUAUUGGAAGGAUCUGCCCUUGAUUAGGGGGAAAUCUUUGACAGAUUAUCCACGAGAAGAGACUAUGAGUAAUUACUACUCGGCCGUUUUCCGAUAUUGUCAUUUGCCCUACAAGAGACGGGAGUAUUUCAACAAGAGUACACUAGAGUAUCCUACGUGGUCACAUCAAUCAUUCACCGACUUUUUUGAUAAAUAUCCCAGUGCCAAGCGCACCGCAUUUCAACAUGAGGUCCCAUUUGAUUACGACCGGAUAAUGAACUUGAGAUCACUUAAUGAGACAAAAGAAAAUGAAGCAUUAUCUGCACUCCCUGAGAGUUUGCUAGUUCAAAUAUUCCCUGAAGUUGAACAAUACAAGCGUGAGGUUGACCAGUUGUCGCCCGAGGCCAAGGCUUUCAUACAAACGAUGGAGAAUCUAAGAAAAAGGUUCCUGUACAAUCUACCGUGGAUACAUGAAAUUUUCCCACAGCAUGAUCUUUUCAAAGAUCCAAUAUUUCAAAACUCUGAUUUCCAGUCGUAUUUUCAUCAGGUGGUGGGAAACAAGUGGGAAAAUGACCAGUUACCAUUCAAUGUAUUGCCUGGCUUCAGCAAACUGGACAAGAAGGAGUUUAGUGGUUUGUUAAUGGAAUCUUUGGUACCAGAGGAGCAAAGAGUUUCCAACGAUGUAGCAAAAGCGCCUACUCCUUCCAUAGGAUCUGACGAGUUGAUGGACAAGACGUACCAAUUUGUUCAAUAUCAAACCUUGACCAAUUUCCAAAUCCUACUUUCAUUACUUUCCAAGAUUUUCGACAAAUUGGAGAUGAAGAAGUCAUCAAGAGAGUUCAUGAUACAUCAGUUGGACUUGUUACAUGAUACAAUACGAAAGAACAUUAACGUCUCCAAACCACAGGAUGUAGACGAGUACAUUAAAAAGGAGGAAAAGUUGGAGGGAGAGGAGAAAGUGCAAGCAAAGGAAUCACAAAGCAGACAUCGCAGCAAUGGCCUAUUAGCGAUAGAUGAUUCUCCGAGUGAAGAGGACAGUGACGAAGGCGGUGCAGAAGUGCAAGAAGAGCUAAAAUUUAUGAUUAAUGAAUUUGUAGGUGAAAGAGUAAGGACUACUGUGAAGCAACAAAUUGAGCAUUGGGAGUCUCGGAUACAGGAUAUUGUCAAAGAAUCCGUGAAAGAAGAGGUAAGUAAAAGAUUCGCUGACUAUGAAGAAUCCGCUCAGAAGAGACCCAGGCUGAGCUCUACUCCACCAGUGGCCAACAAUGAAUCCAACCCUACCAUUCCGGCUUCAGUGAAUAUCGUUGGAGAGGUGGGAUGUUUCGAGAUGAGGCCCGACUUAGAUACUGUGGAGGCAGUUAUUCUCGAGUGGUUCACUCCUAACCCAGACAUGAAUAAUGAGUGCGUACACUCAAUGAACAGACUCCAUGGCAAGGAAUGGAGGUCGAAGUUUGAGAAGCUUUACAAGGAAAGGAAAAUAAUUGUCGAAUUUUACAUCCAUCUAGUCAAUCAACUUGGGGUCAACAGGUACAAGGCCGUGGAAAUUUGCGAAAUUUUAAGAAGAAGUAGUGAAGCUGACGGAUCAUUGGCCUCCCUCGCGAAGCUACUAAAGGAAUGGAAGAGAAAGAAUGGCAAUUCCUACAACGGGCUAUUGGAGUAUCAUAAAUUAAGUGCGAAGUAA